UCGUACGUUGGUAUCAGACGAAAGACCUUAUGUGCCGAUUGAGGUUAUGUCUCGGUCGUUGUUUAUAAUAUUAGUUUUAAAGAUAUGUUAGUAAAAUAGGAAUACGAUGUUUAAAUGAUAUAUUUAGUUGAAUUUCGUAUACCUUAAGUAUCUUAUAAGAAAUUUUUAACACAUUUUACAUGUUUUGUACAAACAAAUGUAUUGAAAAUGGAAGUACCUACCGUAGGAAGUUUACCUUAUUGCAAGGAAUUAUGGUUUUUAAUAUCGGAUACGGUGUGCCGGUGUGAAAAACAAUUAGUAGAAGAUGAAAUUAAAAAGGAAACUAAACUACUUAAAGAGGGGCUAUUAUUUUUUAAGCCAUAUACCGAAGCAUCGCUUCAAAACAUUCCCAAAAAUGAUCCAUCCCCUAGAAUGUACGAAUUAAUUAGUAAACUGGCUCCACUUCUCAAUUUAGACGCCAUAAUUACAUGGGAUUUAGUAUGUAAUUUUAUAAAAUACGAGUAUCGAAAUUGCGCGGAAACUUUCGCAUCGCAACUUAUAGAUUUUACAUCGAUGAAGGCGUUGAUCGACGAUAUUUGGGAAUUUUAUUAUUCUGAAAGAAUGACCGUGAUAAAGUGCCUUAAACUUAUGGUCGAAUACAAAGAUAAAGGGCAUCGUUAUCAAAAAGAAUUUGCGAAGUUUUUCGAUGAUGUCCUAUUUGGAACGCUAUUAGAAUCUAUUCGAAAACAGAUAGAAGCGUUAAAAACGGUAAACCCACCGAUACGAUCGCAGCUGUGUACAGAAGAGCACCUACACAGAUUAUACAACAGUAGCCUUAUAGAAAUGCGGGAAUUACUGCAUAUAUUAACGGUCAUUAUUCACGAUAUUCAUAUCGCCGAGACCGAAUUUAUGAAAUUUUAUGAAAGCAUUGGAGGAGAACCAAGGCGAUUAGCAAGUACAAAAAGUCACGAAGAUAAAAAAGCAAUUGCCAGAAAAAUUAAAGAAAUACAGUAUAGUCAAGCAGCUUUAUUUUUAGUAACAUUAGAUGUCAGAAAACAUCCCAACAUGGAAGAUUGGAUACAGAGCGUAAGAAAGAGUAUGCAAGAAACUUUUGAACAAAAAUGCAUUCGCGAUAAUUCUCCUCAGGAUAGUCCACUAUUCUUAUCUUGGAUGUUAGCAAAUUAUGCCAUUGAUCCUGAAAAUAUUGAUACGAUGAAUCGAUUUAGACCAUUCGGUAUUAAAGCUAUACAACUGAAUGUUUUUCAUUAUUUACAAGAUUUGAUGAAUAGCGAAAUGAUUUGUGAAAAGACUCACUAUGCUGAAAUUGUACGGAGCAGUGUAUAUAAUCUUCUUACUUUGGUAUGUGCUUUCGUUGACGAAGAUAAAUUGAACGCGCUAAAUGACAUUUUCGAUGCUGUAGCUGCUACAAUUCAAUUUAGUGAAACUGCGGCCCGAUUUUGGGAAGAGCGUAACGAUGGUUUGUGGCUGAUUUAUAAAUUCGCAGCUGAACAGUUUCCAUACGAGUUUGAACCGUUAACGAACAUUGCGAUCGGAUUGGCGAGCGCGUCAGAAUUAAGUGCCGAAAAAAUCGCAGUGGAACUGGAUAAUCUUCAAUCGUUAACAUUGGAGAUACCACGACAACGAGACCAUAACAAACCGUUGAGACCAUACGAGCAAGAAUGUACAAUUCACAAAAACUCGUAUACGAUAUUAGAAGGUUGUCCCCGUGAAAAUAUACGUAUAUUGUCAAGUGAACGGGAAAUAGUGAUAUUUCGUCAAAAGGCAAGCUAUUGGGACGCUUUACAUCACAAGAUAGAACAACUUUUUUCUCAAGCAGGUGGCAGAAUUACAGGAACUAAUGAAAUAAAUAAAAAUUUGCCCGAACACGUUUCACAGGGCUUAAAAUUGUUAAAAACAUUAGCCAAACGUACAUGGAUACGACAAAGUAUGGUCAUUCCAACAGAAUUAAGCUUUGAAAUUAUAAACAGAUUUUCUUAUCCAGUAUUACCUGAAGAGAAAAUGUACAUAUACAAAAUAGUUGCAGCUUGCAUCGGUAUUUCAUCCGAACUCGUGUUGGAGUAUCCGGAAGAAAUAUUGUCGCGAAUGCGUGCUGGUGUUUAUCCAAGAUUCAAUAAUCGGUAUCAAAAAACAUUAGAUUUUGCAGAAGCGGUUUCUUUCGAUGGUGGUAUAAUUGCGUCGUGGUUAUCUGCUAUAGAAACGAUUGCACACUCGUAUCCAAUCCUAAACGCAUAUCUAGAUAUUUUAUCGAAAUAUUUAAUCCGAAAGUAUAACGAGGAAGCUCUAUAUACAAUAGAAAUACCUGGUAUGGUAUUUUUAUUGCAAGGUGUUUUACCGAAAUUAGAUUCUUGGUAUUUCGAUUUGGACGCGGAAAGAACCGACUUAUGGUUAAAAAGUAUGUUUUGCCUUCAUAGAGCGCUCGAAUCUAGUCUACCAAAGGAGGAUAUACGUAAUGAAUUACAACUUGUUGUCGCAUAUAGUUUACUGUAUUUAGAACCACGACACGCAUUAUUAAAAUUGAUUCGUACUGGUGAACGUACUUUGCAUAAUAAAAUGAUGGCGGAAACAGAUUGGAUUCGAGGAAAGGGAUUCAAAGCGAUGAAAAGUGUACAAUUAGCCUUGUCCGUAGUAAAUAGAUUGCUAAUAUUUCGAAAAUCAUUGGGUCUUGAAAUAAGAGAUAGGUCACCGUUAGAGGCUGCCUUAUAUUCUUCACCUCGUGUACCAAACGGUCUCUUAAUAGUGCCUACAAUUGUGAAUUAUCUGUAUGUCUGGUUUAGUCCGCCUUUGCAAGCGAUGGCUGUUAGACUAUUGAAAAAAUUUGCUGAAGGAUCAUCUAUGUCGCUUCUAGUUUGUAUGGGUAUGGACGGUACCGCUAUACGAGAGACCUUUGCUUCUCGUAGAGGGCUUAUGUCGCCAACCUGUGUCGCUGAUGUUAAAGUCGCUAUUCUUGAAUUGGUUGCUGUAUGCCUAGAAAAGCAACCCGGCCUGACGGAAGCUCUAUUUAAUAUUGUACAUCCAGCAGAAUGCAAACGAAUAUUUCCUCGCUCGGUGGAAGAAUUUUUUACAGAAGGAUGCAGACAAUUUCUAGUUAAAUAUCUAAAUCGAAUCUAUGAAAAAGAUAACAUCGUGUGUGACAAAUUGUAUAACAGCACGAUGACGUUAUUACGAGCAAUGUGGUAUCACAGAAACGAGAUUCUUGUUAACUUUUUUCGAAAGCGGGAGAACUUUUGGACUCAAUUAUUUGCUCCGCUUUUUAGAGAAAUAGUACCAGGCGUGAAAGGUUAUUCUCAUCUGCUGGAUAUAAUUACUUUAGAGCUAUUCAAAAGUACCACGUUGGAAGACGAUUUUAACACAAACCUGAAGAAACUUUUAGAUAAAUCGACGGAUUAUUGGAAGAAACUGACGAUAUAUAUACUGGAUGAUGUACACACCGAUAGCGAAGAGUCAAAUAGAAAUGAGAAGCGAGAUAGUAAUAUUACGGAUUCCUUGUAUGAAACUAAUUUGGAAUCUUGGUAUAAUUUUAUCGUCACGUUAACCGACGAAAGAAUAUCAAAAAAUUAUCCUAUUAACGUAUCCCAAGCGCAAUUGAUAACGCAACGUUCUUUAGAAUCGUUAUUGGAACGAAUCAAACAAUCUUAUAAUGUUUCUAGCCAAAAAAUUACAAUGUUACUGGCGUCUUUAACGCUUCGAUGUAUCACUUCUUGGAAACAGAUGUGCGUCGAUGAUUCUAGAAUUUUUAAAUCGGGAUUGACCCAGCUAAUGCAAGAAAUCGGCCAAGCUUAUCGCAGUUAUGGAAAGUCUUUGCGUCAAACGCUGAUUUCUCUACUUCUCGGAUGCGUGCAAUGUGUGAAAAGCACUUUACGCGAAGACGUGACGAGUCUCGAAUAUCUUUUAUCGCAUUCCUGUAUAAUCGCUGCCAGCGAGUUAGAGGAGUUGAAGGAAGCCGCUACUGAAUUUGAGAAACGAAAACAGCAACAGUACUCGGUUGAACGAAAAGGUAUUGACAAAACAAUCACCAUCGAUAGUGUGAUUGCGCAAAAGAAUGCCGAUGAAAGAAAUGCGGAAACCGUUCGCGGGAUUCGGGAAAGUUUACCAGCAACACUGGCUGUUUGCAUGGUUACCCAAUUAUUACGCUCUUACGUGGAACGAAGUUCUACUUUGAAACAUCAACGAAAGUCUAGCUGCGUGCAACUUCGACAAAUGAUACCGGAAUUGAUGACAUGCAUCGGUAUUACUUUGCAAAAGUAUCCAUAUUUAAGGUUUAGUACGGCCGCUCUUAAUUUGCUCAAUUUAAUCAUUCGUUCGCCGUACACUCUACAUCCCGUCAAUGAGAAUGAUAUUGCAAAACUAUGGUUGAGCCUAAUUCCUCCCAGCGACAUUGGAAACAGUAUGUUGGACUCGUUGUACAACGAUUGCCCGAAUGGAAAGUGGCGAUGCCAGGAUUGGUGGCCAGUCUAUACGCUCGGUCUUGAAUUUGUAAUAGGACUCGUGACUAGAGAAACACCUACCAUCUACAUAAAAUCUAUCAUCACAUUUUUUAAUUCUCACGAACAUCAAUUAAUGGUUGCAUCGACCUUGUUAAGACAUACAGCGGAUCUUUUUGCUGCCGAUCUGGUACAAUCCCUUGUCGCUCUUAUUCAUAUCGUAGCAACACAGCCGUACGUUUGGAAUUCGAUACAGCCAAACGUUUGCGAGACUCUGAUAAAAUGUAUGUAUUUGGCAUACGAUAACACCGUAAACUUGUUACUGCGACCGCGAAUUCUCAAGUUCAUCAUCGACGGUAUCAGCGUAGAAAGCGCCGAGGAAUUGGAGUCUUGUGAUAAAAGAUCACCAAGUGGUGAAUUAAAAUUACUAGUUAACAAAUUGAUCGUCAUAAACACAACUUGUGCGUUAAGCUUCGUUCACUUUUCACCAAGACUAAACACUCUCGUAGACACUAUAUAUACGCAAGACUUUUGGUAUACUCCCAUGGCAGAAAUGAACUUUGGACCACCCCAGAUGAGCAUGAGUUCCGGCCCGCGAUUAACUUACGGCACGAUAAUCAGCUCGACACAGUUAUUUACACAGGCUUUGCAUUCUCGAUCUCAACCUGUGAAUACUUUGUCCGUUUCUCUCAGUGGCCAACCAGAUAAAUCAGAUUCCGCUAAGAAGGAAUGGGAACAUGCCGCACCAGAGGAUCGACGAAUGCAUUCGAGCAAAGAUUUAAGGAGGAUUAUCCAUGCGGCAUCCGGUUCCACUUCGAGAUCAUCUUCCAACGUAGCGAGUGAAUUUUUGGUGUACGUUAGUGGCCUAGAUGUAACUGUGCCGCUGUUAAGUAGCCCAAGACUUGUGCGGAGACCGUACGAUCCACUUAUUUGUGAAAAUACUAUUCUGUCAAGAGCAACGGCAUUGACAAGCGGUAGACACGUAACGAAAGGAGUGUCUGCCGGAAAUGACAGCCCUGUCGUAGCGAAAUAUCAAAAAUUUAGCGACCCUUGGUUCGAAUCUAUGGACGAAAAUAAUACGAGAUUCGCUCUUGAAGUCAACCUCGUGUUAAUCUUGUGUCAAGCUCUAGAAGGGGUCAGGAGUCCAAGAAUCGCGCUUCGAGAUCGUCAGUUAAUAGCGCGCGAAACGGUGACCGAAUUAGGAGUUUUCUUCGAUUUUCUGGAACAUCGAGGUACUCCCGACGAUUGGCAAGUUAAAGGAUCGUUAAUUAAUCCUGACGCCAAAAGCGUAAGAACUGUUCAACAAACUGUUGACUUCAAUCAAGCUGUCUUACCCGCCAGAUUAAAGGAGACAGAAAGAAAGAAACUUGUAGAAGACAUAUUAACUACGGGAGAAUUCACAACCAAUAUCAGUAGUGUACAGUUUUUACCUUUGAUGAGGAAAUUAUUGAAAACAGUGGUGGAAUCGCUAGAUUUAACACAGUAUCCAUAACAGCAUCGAGAUUGCGAUAAAUCUUUCAACUCUUUGAAAAGGGGAAGAAAACGAUAGGGAAAUAUUCGGCAUCGUACAAAAGAAGUAAAAAUUUAUGAUUAUUUAUAGUAUAUAUGGAAAUUCACAAUAAAGCAACGAUUUUUUAUUUAAGACAUAA